AGAGAACAUGGAUGGAAAGGGGAGAGAAUGAACGAGCUGAUUCGAUCGCGCUGCGUCGGGCUGGCUUCAUAAAUGCGGGCAGAAAAGGGGUGUGCGGCAUCGCUGGCCUGCAUGCGGAAGACGUGGAAAGUGCUCGCGAGCCUAAUGAAUUGGCAGUAGAAAAAGGAUGUAUCAUGGAUGGUGUCAUCGGUGAUUGGGCGGCUCGGGGCCUGCCUCUCGCUCGCCCGCGCGCUCGGUCCAUGGUCACCACGGGCGAGCUGACCGUCGUCGGCACCCGAGCGGAGUCAGAUACGUGAUAAGGACUCGGGGAAGCCCGCGAGCCGACCUAGCCCUUGAGCAUGCAACUACGUAGUGCGUACCGGAUCCGGACCGAGGAUAAGGAGCUGAGGAAAAGUGGCCUCCGUCCGUCUGGAUGCCAUGGCAUGACCUCUGCUCACUAUUGCAAUGCGAGAUUGAGACAGAAGAUUCUCGCGAGAUUUCCCAAGAUUUUGAAUCCGAUGUGCGCAUGCGAGAUGCGAUGUGUUUGCAGAUGCGAGCAACGGUGUGAACUCGUGCUGGCAGACAGCCAUCUACAGGCACUCUCCCGGGCUCAGAUCGGAGGGCGAGAGAAAGAUGAAAUGAGUGUACAGCACUUCAGACCUCUACUGUCUGCCGGUCUACAGUCGCCCAGAGAGUGUAUGGUACAGUCCUGUACACGAUGCUCGCUCCCUGAGUCCCCUCUCUCUCGCUCGCCCGGCUUCCUUCGUGCUUCUGUACACCUCAUCGGACGUCGGUUAUGAGGAGGUUAGAGAUUGGAGUUCUGUCCAGCGUCACCCCAGUCCACUCCAGUACAGUCCGAGUGCGAGUCUGCGAGAUGGGGUGGGGUACGACGAGACAGGACUAGUUUAGAGGCUCCGCUCGCGAGUCUGCUAGUGAGCGCAUUCGCGCUUCUUUUCGUUUGUGUUUUGGCAGUUGAUGGGUCCAGUGGGAGGCAGCAACGUGGAGGCAAAAAGGCAGAGCAUGAAACAGAUUAGCUGAAUGAAAUGAUCACCCCCGGAGACACAUGGAAUGAAAUGAUUACCCAUCCAGAUGAACAUCUACCCUGCUCUGCACUAACUGCAGAUUCAAAGUACGCGAGAUAGAAAACUGUAGCAUUGUCCUACCAAAGUACGCUUUCACGCAGGUACAGACUCAAUCUCAUCAUCUCGGCCCCGCUUCUCUCCGCCCAGCCCAGCGGCCCCGGCCAAGUUUCUGCUGCUGCGGCUGCAGGAAUGCUUUGUCCGUCCUUUUCAAAAUCAUUCCACCUUGUGUCUUAUCAACAACAAAUCAAAAGCUCCUAUGGCCUCCGCGUAGCAUAGCGGUGCUAGUGCUCUCGCUCGCGCACCGAGUGCCCAACUUCUCACAGUCGCAGCUUGCUCACUGCUUGGCAACUUAUCAGACGAAUGAUGGGAUCUUAGAAAGAAUCCUCUCUCCGCACUCUGCAACUCCCACCUGCCCACCAUUCGGCAGCAGACGAGACGAAUCCACAGAACGGAACGGAUUCAACGACUCCAGCUGUUUAAACUGUCUGAGUUACAUCUACCGCACUGAGUUCGGCCGUCCGCAGUCACAAACAAAACAACCGCAUUCCAACCUGAUCCGUGGCCGCAGUAAGUUUACGCGACCGUUGGUCUGGACUCUGGGCACAUUCCAAGGUCCCUGUGAUUGAGAGAAAUCCAGAAAACAAACAUGCGCCUGUCGUACCUUGCAUCUUCUACUCCGGAUUACGUAUGAGAAGCUGCAAAUAAUUCCUUGAACUUUCCUUUCCUCGCGCUCCCCCAUAACAAGUUAGAGUAGGUUCCCGAGUGCUACUGGUGGGAGAAACUGGUGCCUUCCAGCUUACACACAGUUCCAGUUGAUGGAAAAAGGUGCUCACAUGUGUAACUGACCUGCGAUUCGAACGAUAUUUUUAAAUUGCGGUAUUCACCUCGAGGUUUAGCCAGAAUGAGACUGCGCGCUCGGGGUCGAAAACCCCCAUCAUACUGAUAUUUUCCACGGUGUCUUCAAAGUUUCGAAACUGCUUGCUUUUCUUCUCUCCGAGUACGUACGGUGCAUCAAUACGUAUGCAAUUAUCUCUCUAGGCUAGACAAAAGACAGCUGCAUUAAUUUGAGCUUUUGUAGCAUCUUUCAUCUGUCCCUCAGAUCCACACACACCGAUUCGG